ACUCACCACAUCCUGGUUUUGACUUCACAAAACGCCGACAUCGCUGCCGUUUAACGCUUUUCCUGUCAAUUUUCAGCUCACACACUUAUGUUCAUACAGUAUAUGCUAUUGUAGGAUAUAUUUUCUCACAGUGCAAGCUAAAGUGCACGUGUAUGUUCAAUAAUUAUAUACCAUCAUGGUAGGGUACUGUCCAAUCUGUGGGAAGCCUGUCUACUUUGGUGAGAAGAAGAGGUCCUUAGGGAGGGACUACCACCCUCUUUGUCUGAAGUGUCAAAAGUGCAACAGACAGCUCACACCCGGACAACAUGCUGAGUAUGAUGAAAAGCCGUAUUGUUCCCACUGCUACCUGAGGAUGUUUGGUCCAAGAGGUAACAGGUGACAUGGCAGAGUGCACUCCUUCAUAGACACCAGACUGAACCAACAUGGAGAAACGCUGACAUAGGCCUACAAAAGACAUGCAUGGCCUGUUUAUCAUGACAAAAUAAAUAGAUAAAUAUGAAUGAUAGACAGAUAUCUAUCAGUCAAUCAACCUUACUUGUCUAUCAUUUACACAUCCACAAAAUGAAGUAUUUAUAAAUGUGUGAUGACCACUUGAUGCCACGUGUAGGUGAUUGUUCACUUUUAUAAUGUAAAUUAAUUUGGAUUGUAAAUUGUAAGUCUGUAUUAAUAAAUACAUUUGUAAACAUGA